AUAAUUAUCUGCAAGUUGUCAUAUUUGAGGAAAAGCAAAGGAAAGACUGGACGUGAUAUCAUCCACGUCGAAUAUACCGACUAAACGUGGAAAACCAUAUCACCGAGAAACCCCCCACGUUUUCAGUAGAAAAACGCUUCAAGUUCGAUGAGAUUGACUUUACUAUAGUUCGAAAACUUGCGGUUGAGGAACAAAGGACAAAAAUACUGAUAAGAAACCCUACAUGUGCGGAUAGUGUGAAUUCGGGACGGCUUACAACUUCAACUUGUCGAAACAUAUGGAAACGCACACCGGCGACAAGCAGUACAAGUGCACAGAGUGUAAUUUCACUGCAAUUCGCAAGGAGGCGCUGAAAGAACAUAUGACAAGACACACCGAAGAAAAACCGUUCAGGUGUGACACAUGUGGGUUCAGAACGGCUUACAAACAGUCUCUAUCCCAACAUAUGAUUAGACACACAGGAGAUAAGCCGCACAAAUGUGACCAGUGUGAAUACAGUGCAACCACAAAGGAUCGUUUAAAGAGGCACACUGUUAAACAUACCGGUGAGAAACCAUACAAGUGCGGGGAGUGCGGUUUCAGAUUGGCUUAUAGAUCCAACUUGUCCAAACAUAUGAGAACACACACGGGUGAGAAGCACUACAAGUGCACGGAGUGUGAUUUCAAAACAUCUCUAAAAGAUUCGUUGAAAAGGCACACGGCCAGGCACACAGGAGAGAAACCCUUCAUGUGUGAUAAGUGUGGGUACAGAACAGCACACAAAACAUCCUUCUCCCAUCAUAUGACCAGGCACACAGGGGAAAAGCCGUGCAAAUGUGACAAGUGUGAUUUCAAGACGAAUACAAGAGAAGGACUGAGAAGACACAAGGCAAAGCAUAUCGGUAAGAAACCCUACACGUGUGGGCAGUGUGGAUAUAGAGCAGCAGAGAAAAAUAUUUUGUCUAAACAUAUGAGAACGCAUACUGGCGAAAAGACUUACAAGUGUACUCUAUGUGAAUACUCAUCGAUAUACAAUAGGAAUUUGGUCAGCCAUAUGGCGAAGCAUACCGGUGAGAAACCCUACAUGUGCGUGGAGUGUGGGUACAGCACAGCGAUAAAAUACAACUUGGCGAAACACAUGAGAACCCAUACCGGUGAAAAACCGUACAAAUGUUCUCUUUGUGACUAUUCCUCGACUCGCAAAGGAAAGUUAGACAUCCAUGUGACCAAUCAUACCGGUGAGAAACCCUACAAGUGUGACGAGUGCGGAUUCAAGACAGCAGACAAACACUAUCUCACCGUACACAUGAGAACACAUACUGGCGAAAAACCGUACAACUGUUCUUUCUGUGAGUAUUCGUCCGCCUUUAAACAAUCAUUGGUUAGACAUAUGGUCAACCAUACCGGUGAGAAACCCUUCCUGUGUGAGGAGUGCGGAUUUGGGACGGCUAGCAAGUCAAGUUUGAUCAGGCACAUAAGAAAACACACAGGCGAGAAGCCGUUUAAGUGUGACCGAUGUGACUUUACUGCUGCAGAUACAAGAUCACUAAAGAGACACAAAGUUAAACAUUCUAUUAACAAAUGUAUGUAGGUAAAGUGCAGCGUACAAGUUCAAACAGUAAAGCACUUUUAGUUUCUGUAGUGCCUGUACAAGUUACCCCUGUCAACGUUG